AUGUCCCCCUUAGUGGGACCAGACAACGAUAAUGACGUUGACUUAAUAACAGCCCAAGAAAUGCAGAAUGACUUUGGAGCCGAAGAUCCUGGACAUUCGUCAGAGACAAAGAGUACCUGGUACCUCUUCUUAUUAACGUUGAGUAUUGGUGGACUCCAGAUUGUCUGGUCAGUUGAACUAUCGAAUGGAUCGCCUUUCCUUUUGUCUUUGGGAAUGAGCAAAGCGCUGCUCGCUUUCGUCUGGAUUGCUGGGCCCCUGACAGGAACGCUUGUGCAACCAUAUAUCGGUAUCUGCAGCGACAACUGUCGUUCGUCAUGGGGCAAAAGGAAGCCCUUUAUGGUAGUUGGUGGCUUGGCGACUGUUGUGGCUCUGCUUGCUCUUGCAUGGGUGAGAGAACUCGUAGGAGGUUUCCUCGGUAUAUUUGGCGCAGACCAGGCGUCUACGGGGACAAAGACGGCGAUCAUAGUCUUUGCAACUAUUCUGAUGUACUGUCUAGAUUUCGCUAUAAAUACUGUUCAAGCAGGAAUUCGGUGCUUUAUUGUUGAUAACGCGCCAGCCCACCAACAGGAAUCAGCGAACGCGUGGGCCAGCCGGCUCACUGGUGUGGGCAAUAUUCUAGGAUACAUUUUUGGAUAUAUUGAUUUGCCUCGCUAUCUCCCAUUCUUGGGAAACACGCAGUUCAAAGUGUUGUGUGCGCUAGCAUCGCUAUCACUUGUUAUCACGUUAUUGAUCAGCUGUCUAUAUAUCCAGGAAAGAGAUCCGCGGCUCGAACCCUCAGCUUCUACCGGAAAUCCUGGCAUUGUGGCCUUCUUCAGACAAGUUUUUAAGUCAAUUCGGUAUUUACCACCCCAAAUUGCCAAAGUCUGUGAAGUCCAACUAGCUGCAUGGGUUGGGUGGUUUCCUUUCCUUUUCUACGCUACAACAUACAUUGGGCAGCUUUAUGUUAACCCGAUCUUUGAUGAACACCCGAACCUUCCUGACAAUGAAUUAGACAAGGCCUGGGAGGAAGCUACUAGGAUCGGAACGUUUGCCCUUCUUGUAUAUGCGAUCAUUUCAUUUGUCACUAACAUAACAUUACCCAUUUUUGUUGUCCCUACUUAUAGGUCUGUUGUCUCACCCGAGGAAACUGACACCCCUUCAGAUGAGAGAAGGCCAUUUCUAGGAGCAAGGAGAAUGUCAUGCUCAAGCCUACCAGUUGGUACUGCAUCGGAGCCGCCUCCGGCUCUUCCAGAUAAGCAGAAUGUCGAAGCUACAGUCGGAUCGACGUGGCUGUCAAAACUGCAGAUCCCAGGGUUUACACUCCGCCGAGCUUGGCUCUUGUCUCAUGUACUCUUUGCUCUCUGCAUGUUUAGCACCUUUUUCAUCUACACUUAUCAAGCGGCGACAGUGGUGAUUGGAAUAGUCGGUAUCUCCUGGGCUUUGACGCUGUGGGCACCUUUCGCGCUCAUCUCCGCAGAGGUCGCGCGGAUUGAUGCCGAACGUCGGGUUCGACGACAUCGGUCAGGGAUGGCAGAACAUCAUUCCGCUGACAACUCUACUCAGCCCAAUUUAGCCACGAACGUUGGUGAUCUAGAGGAUGGGCCUAGGAAGCCAACGGAUGAGGAAGAAAAUCUAGCCCAGGCAGGGAUCAUUCUCGGGCUUCACAAUGUCGCGGUCUCCUCGCCGCAGAUCCUGUCUAGCUUGAUAUGCAGUGCUAUUUUCAAAGUGUUCCAGAAACCUAGAGGUGAACCUUGGGAUGAUAGUGUUGGGUGGGUGUUGAGGUUCGGAGGUUGCGCUGCAGUGCUUGCAGCAUGGCUGACUAGCCGGCUUGCCGAGGGACGUCGGUUAAAGUGA